AUGGUUCCAGCCGGGCUCCACGGGCGCGUGCGUCUACCUCUACCUCUACUGCUGCUGCUGCUGACUUCGGCCGCCGUCAGCCUGGCGACCGAGGAGGGUGGCUACUUUGACGGCCUGCUGGACGGCUACAACGUCUCCCAGUACCUGGACUGGAGCGGCCGGCUGGGCGGCGCGCGGCACCGGCGGUCCCUGCGACCGGCGCGCAGCCGCGCCUUCUCCGUGGGACUGUUCGGGGUGCCGGACGGAACCACACUGAGGUUUCAACUGCAGGUGAUCCGACCGUUCGCCCAAGAGUAUACCGACUUCCUGGGCUCUGACCAGUUCAAGACAGAGUGGUAUAUGAGUCUGCGCUACAAGGUCAGUGACCUGCAGGCCAACGUGUUCCGCCACUUCCAGGGCCCGGGCCGGGUCAACAUGACGGCCGCCUACCACCUGAUGAACGCCACCGCGCACAUGAUGCAGAACCUGACCUCGCCGAUGACCGCUGCGGGGGACUACCCGCCGAUGGCCGCGGAGGGGGAAGUCAUGUCCGCGAUGGAACAGGAAGGACAGGGGGCAGGUAUGGCGCAGUACGGACAGUACAGCCCUGAGAGGUACUGGGACGACUAUUACAGCUACCAGGGCGGCCGAGCCACCCCCUGGGACGGCUACGCCAGCCGACAGGGUGAGGUAGCCAACGAAGUCGGGGUGGAACCCGACUCGGAGCUCUUCGAGGCGCAGAAGUUCCGUAUCGACCAGAAGAUGAAAAUCUAUCAGAGGAUGGAGAAAAUGUAUGGCAGACAAGGCCAGGACGGCUUCCAAUGCGUGCUGCGGGCCAUCUGCGAGGUGGCUGAGGCGCCCAUGGAGGACGGCGUGCUCGGAGACGUGGUCAACCUGCUGCUCAGCGCCACGGACGGCGUGGAGGAGCUGCUGCACGCCAAGUGGCUGGACAAGCAGUACCAGCCCUACCUGGAGGCGCACAUGUUCGGCGAGAUGCGCGGUGACUGCCACCAGAGGUACUCGGCCUGCGCUCUCAGCGUGCUCGACCCCACCUCGAUGGGCUUUUUCUGAGCGACUCCGCAGUACGGCAGCGGACACGACUGAUCCUGUGACGUCAGAAGAUAGCGACUGAACCUAUGACGACAGAAUAUGGUGGCAGUGCAGGGUACACAUCAAAGAGAGGAUGUACAAGUACACGAGAAGAGGAGAGGAGAGUGUUGGCGAUCCAGCAAUGAUGGAUUG